AAUAAUAUUGUUGCAAGUGAUGUAAACUCUUACCAAAGUUAUUAAUUUUAUUUUGACCUUAACUAAGAUUACCGCAGGCAUUAGAUACCAUGUUCACUCAUCUGGAAUGUCCAUAUUUCUUCAUUGAAACCGAUGUGUUGGUUGGUAGUAGAGUGGUAGACAAACACAAGUAUUGUUUACUAGAGAUGCAGGAAUGUUUUGAGACCUACUGUAUGAGGAAAGACCAAGCUGAACAGAGUUUAGAAGAAAUCAAAGUAUCAAUUAAACAGCAAUCACUUGGUGAUGGUGGAAGCUUUCCUAUACAAUGUAGUGAAGAACAGAAAUUAGAUCUGUGCCAAAAGUUAUAUAAACUAAUUUUCCAACUAGUUAUGCUGUUUGAAAGUUACAUCAAGCUACUAGAUUGUUUCAAACUUGUACAGACAGCCUCACAGGUGAAUGAUAUUUCUGGACAAGUGGAGAGUAUUAAAGGGGAAGUAACUGCUGCCAUGUCAGAAUUAGAGAAUGGUCAGGCAUCACCACUAAAUGUUGACUCCCCUAAACCAGUCACAAAACAAGAUGCAUUCUCCAGUCUUACAGAGUAUAUCAAAAGUCAACAAUACCAAAAAGCAAUACAGCUUGUCAGAUCUUUCAGGUAUGGUUUGGUAGCGAACUAUUUAAGUAUUUUGUUUUAGAUAUCCAUAGAAAAAUUUAUGUUUAUAAGUAAU